AUGCUUGAGGCUUUCGAGAUAUUAACUACGUCGGGCGUGGUCCUAUGGUCCAAGUCGUACGCAUCGGUCGGCUCCCACGUCGUCAACAGCUUGAUCAACGACGUCUUCAUUGAGGAAAAGGCGCAACUUCAGAACACUGCGACCGGUGCCUCGCCGAUCUUCAAGAAGGAGAAAUACACCCUGAAGUGGAGGAGAUCUAAAGAUUUCAAUCUGAUCUUUGUGGCAGUUUACCAAUCGCUUCUACAUCUCGGAUGGAUCGAUAAACUUCUGGACAACAUCUCUACCAUCUUUAUCGACCUUUACAAGAACCAGCUCAAGAGCGAACGGGCCAGGAUUGUCGAAUACCCCUUCGACAAGUAUUUUGACCAACAGGUGCGUGAGCUCGAGGACAAUGCCACUGCCGGGCUAGUUUCCUCCGAGGCCGCAGGAGAUGCAGAAGCAAGAAAAGACCCGUUGGCCUCAUCUGAUAAUGGAGGUCCUCCACCACCACCCGUGCCUGGGCUUUUGAAAGCGCAGUCUCAAGCUGCGCUCGGCGCGGUGACCUCUGAUGAAGGUUCGCCGCCCCAAACUCCAGAAAUUUCUAGAACAUCUACACCUACCUCGGGCCAUAUCAUCACCGGCAAGGCUGGGCCAGGUGGUCGGGCCUCCCGCCGUGCUCGCAAAGCCGCGAGCGCUAGCGCAACCACCUCUUCCGGUGACGAGAAGGCUCGGAAAGGAAAAACCCCAAAGGGUGGAAAGAAGGGGAGGAAAUGGGAUGCUGAUGGUCUCGCGGAUGAGGAUGACGGAACGGUCCUCGAUUAUUCUGCGCCCGCGGGGCCAGAAGAAACCUCAGCGCCAGCAGUAGAAGCUGUGUCGGAAGACUCUUGGGGUCGCCGUACUGGAAAGGGCCAAUUCGUCCUAAAGGACUUGGGAGAUGAAGUCCACUCUAUCCUGGAGAACGCAGAUAGCGAAAAGGUCAAGUCCUCCACGCCGUCCAGUCUCGUGGGCUCAGGCUUCAGCGCGAUCGGCGGGCUGCUGCGGAACAUUGUCGGUGGCAAAGUUCUCACAGAAGCGGAUUUGGAAAAGCCUCUAAAGGCCAUGGAGGACCAUUUGCUGAAGAAGAACAUUGCGCGCGAAGCUGCUGUUCGGUUGUGUGAAGGAGUAAAGCAGGAGCUCGUCGGAAAGAAGACGGGCAACUUCCAGAGCGUGGACGCUUCGUUGAAGGCGGCAACGGAGUCCUCUCUCCGGAAGAUCCUCACACCUACCUCCUCCCUUGAUCUGCUACACGAGAUUGACACUGUCACCAACCCGAAGAGCAAGCAGGCUACAACACGGCCAUACGUGAUCUCGAUUGUCGGAGUCAACGGUGUCGGUAAAUCAACGAAUCUGGGCAAGAUCUGCUACUUCCUCCUGCAGAACAACUACCGUGUCUUGAUUGCAGCAUGCGACACGUUUAGAUCCGGUGCCGUCGAACAGCUUCGUGUUCAUGUUCGAAAUCUGAAAGAGCUUGCCGCUCGCGAGAGCGUCGGCGAGGUCGAGCUAUACGAGAAGGGUUACGGCAAGGACGCCGCAAAUGUCGCCAAGGAUGCUGUUGAGUAUGGCGCAGCCAACAAGUUCGACGUUGUCCUCAUCGACACCGCCGGUCGACGUCACAAUGACCAGCGCCUCAUGUCCUCCCUGGAGAAAUUCGCUAAAUUCGCCAAGCCAGACAAGAUCUUCAUGGUCGGCGAGGCUCUCGUCGGUACAGACAGUGUGAUGCAGGCGCGCAAUUUCAACCAAGCCUUUGGCACCGGGAGAAACCUUGACGGGUUUAUCAUCAGCAAGUGCGAUACAGUGGGCGAUAUGGUUGGUACUCUUGUGAGCAUGGUGCAUGCGACAGGAAUCCCCAUCGUUUUCUUGGGAGUCGGCCAGCAUUACGGUGACUUGAGAGGACUGAGUGUUCCAUGGGCAGUCAAUCUGCUAAUGAAAUGA